UGAGCUAGCACAGAGCAAAGGGCAAGAACUACACUUGGCUAUUAUGAAUGUGUCCACGACUGAAACUCAAGCAAACAAAUCAGAUUUAAUACAAACACUAGUAGUUGUAAAGGGAAGCCUUUAUUUGGCUAACUUCAUAUUCAUAACUGCAUUGAAUAUAUUAAUAAUCAAGACUGUGAGACAGAACUCUAAAAUGGUGAAGGAAGUGAGAUACUUCCUCCUAUGCCAUCAUCUUCUCUGUUGCUCUUUAUUCUGUUGCUCUGGCAUGGUGUCCAACGCGAUACAAACAUUUAAAGUGCAACAAUUCUGGAUCUGGAUCACCUUUGGAGUACAAACAGCAGUUGCAGAAGCAGUGCUGGUAACGCUGGCUUUGAUGGCAAUUAACACUUGCUUAGCAGUUUGCUGGCCUUUGAGAUACCUGGCCUUUGUACACUUGGUGAAACGCAAAGCUAUAGCUUGUGUUUGGGUCGGGACAAUCCUCAAAUCUGCAUGCUUGAUCAUUGUGGAACGUACAGAAGGAGAUUCGAGGGACAUAUAUGAAGCAGAGCUCUCUUGCCCAACUAUCCUGGGUAGUGAUUUUGCCAAAAUAACCGGAAGUAUUCUCAUUUUGCUUCUUGCAGCCGUCAUGGUAACUGCUUAUUUUCUCCUGUGGAGAGAAGGAAAGCUCAGCGGUCAUUUUAACUGUUCAAAUAAGAAGGCCAGAAAAACAGUCAUUAUUCAUGGUGUACAAAUGAGCUUCCAUAUUCUUCCAUCCUUAAUCUUCACAGCCAUCGGAAAAGGAUCAGAACAUGUUCUGAUAAAAUUUGGAGCUUUUGUUGUUUUCUUACUUGCACAAAGCUUCAGCCCUGUGGUUUAUGGGCUGCGGAACAAAGAACUUCUGGACAAGAUAUGUGUCAGACGAGAAAGAAAUCAAUACAGUAACUACUUGGUAAAGUACAACAAUUACCCACCCCAACUUCAGAUGGUAAAAGGUUCAGCAAAUGGGUGAACCGUUUCUCAGUGUAGUGCAGAAGCACUUUCAAGUCAGCAUUAGCCUUCAUUAAACCAUAUCACACAUCAAGGGAUAAUUCAACUCACACAACUGCAUAUACCAACCUAUUAUUUUUAAAACCAGAUUUUCAGCCCCAAAGCUAGAAGCCUUGAGUGCUAUAUUUUUGCUUUAAAGUUUAAAGGGUAACUCAUGGAAAAGACACAGCACAAGAAGUAAAGGAAACCAUGGAAAAAGAGAGGGCAAGGCUCUGCCAGACAGGCUACUAGAAAUGGUACACUCUGG